UCGUUGAAAUACAUAGGUUUCCGAAAAAAAAAAUCGAAGAAUUCGCGUGGGCGCUAAACUAGACUUAUGUCAAAACGUAAAUUGAUAACUGAUAAGAAUGUCGUUUACUGUGUUUCACGCACAGAUAUAAUACAUGUCUGGGGUUUCACGAAUGGACAGCCAAAAUGCCGAAUACCUUAAAGAACGAUUUCUGUAGCCAUAUAGGCAUAGGCACUACUGCACUAUGUAGCGACUAGCAACUAUGGUAAUUCGGUGUAUAGCACGAUUUAAGAUAAUAUAUCUAUGAAGUACAUUAUCUUAAAUCGUGGUCACUAGCUUGUACCCACUUGUCACUACUUCAGUAGGUUAGUAAUCACCACGACAAAAUAACAAAAUAUUUUGUCAUGGUAAUCACUUAAUUAUUGAUCGUUUUUCAAUAUUCAUUUCUGUUUUUCAUUUUUCUCUAAUAUUUCUUAUACCAUUAUGGCCUUUUAGUUUUAUAUUAUACUGGGAAUGACGAACCAACCAAUUUCUCAUUAAUUAGUGAUACUUGUUAAUACCUAUUGCAGUAAUAUCCAUAACUUGUUGGCGUCUGCUAAUGUAGGUAACGAGAAGUUAAUAUUUUAAAUUUAGUCGAUUGACAUGCUUCAAUGGCUCAAUAAGGUCACUGAAUAAAAUAACUUCAACAUUUUGCGAUACGUAUGCAUGUUCACAUUCACACAAUGGAUUCCAAGUAUAAAGAGCUGCAUAGAGAAGCCAUUUCCAACCAAACAGGCUCAUCGUUACUUGAAAUUUACACAUCUCUGUUCCCAUUGCCAAUUCAUAUAAUCAUAUUUAUUUGGAUAUCAAUUGGUACAAACUACAGCAAAAAAAUCAACUUUCAGACAGUUUGGAUGUUUCUUUUCGAAUUUAUUAUAAUGAUACUACCAACUGUGUUUAAUUUCACGUUGCUUUCAGAUUAUUCAGUUGGACAGUUCUUAAUUUACAUUACAAUCAUUUGGUGUUGCAUUUACUUGGAUGUUGUUGAACCACAAUUAUCUAUCAUCGAGUACUAUUAAAACAAAAAAAAAUCCAUACAUGACUGUUUAUAGAUUUAUGCUCAAUACGUAUACAGUGUUUUGUAUAUUGGCAGUAGAUUUCAAUGUAUUUCCACGGCGGUUCGCUAAGACUGAAACGUAUGGACACGGUGUAAUGGAUAUAGGUGUAGGAUGUUAUGUUUGUUCUAAUGCAUUAUUGUUUAGCAUUCCUAACACACAAAAUAUAAGUAAAAAUGUACUCAAAGUUUUCAAACAAGUCUUACCAUUACUUGUGUUGGGAAUUGGUCGUACUUAUUUUGUAACAAAAGCAGAUUAUCAUCAUUAUGUAUUUGAGUAUGGUGUACAUUGGAAUUUUUUCAUGACUUUAGCAUUCCUAAAAAUAAUUAAUCUAUUUAUUUUACCAUUUGUCAGUACUUGUUGUCUCUCUGGUAUUGCCACAAUUCUGGUAAUUAUUUAUGAGUUUGCGUUAAAUUUUGGUCUAGCAGAUUGGAUUAUGAGUGAUGCUCCUAGAGACACACUGUUCUCAGCGAACCGUGAAGGCAUUUUAUCAUUAAUAGGCUAUGAAGCAAUAUUUUUAUAUUCCUUGACAAUGAAAUCACGAUUGUCUGUUUUUAUAAAUAAAAAUCAUUUAAUAAACAAUAUGUUCCUUUUAAUAGUAACGGCUUCUUUAUCUAUUGCUUUAUUUUUAUUGACAUUCGCCAUAAGUUUUGUUUUUGGUGUUUCUAGAAGAUUAGCUAAUGCUGGUUAUGUUUACUGGGUAUUAUCUAUAUCUUCAUAUCUAUUAUUUAUGUCGAUUAUGAUUGAAAACUUCAUAAAUGUUCUUUUACAUAAGAUAGGACGAUUGGGUGAAUUCAAUAGAAUUUCACUCAUCAUAGAUAGUAUUAAUGAUAAUUUAUUAUUUUUCUUUUUAUUUGCCAAUGUUGUAACUGGAGUUAUAAAUAUGUGUUUGUACACUUUAGUAAUGAAUACCGUCUCUAGUUUAAUUAUUCUGUCUCUUUAUAUGUUUGUUAUUUACUUCACAAUUUAUAGUUUACACCGUUAUAAAAAUAAAACUUAUGUUUAAUUUUUAAAUAUAUUUUUUCACUGUUUAUAUCAUGGCAAA